GCGGCGGGGCCGGGCGAGGGCUUAGCCGGAAACCAGCCGACCCCCGGGCCGCGCAGUGCGCAGCCUGCUCCCGCCGGCCCCUGUCUCCCAGCGGGCUCGACGCUAGCCCUGGCGAGCGGGUUUUUAUCGCUCGUUACCGUCCUGUCAAGCGAAUAACUCCCAGGGGCCGUAAAGGGACGAGAUCGGCUUCGCCCCUCGGCCUGAGCGCAGCCCCGGCUGGGCCUGCACCUGCCGGGAGAUCUCCCUGCCAGGCGGGUGGCGUUACACAGCCCCCCUGAACAAUAUCUCCUCUGCCCCCCCGUGCUCCUUGAAAGCGCCCCGUGAGCGGGGAAACUGACCAGCGCCCUUGACAGUGCUGCCAAAUACUCCACAUCAGCAAAGAUAAUGCACUUGGUGCCUCCAUGAUUCUUUCCGGUGAUGGCAAGGAACCCUUUCUCUCUGUCUGUGAUAAGGACUGCAUCAGUGAAAUUGCCCAGCAAGACAGGCCUGAGGAACUCCAAUACUGCUGAAGAGAGAAACACGGACUUGAUCAUGACUGACAGCAGUAUGCUAGUGACUGACACCGGAAGGAGUCUUUUGGGAGAUUCUUCUGUUCUUGAUUCAAAAAUUAUAGAAACUUCCAAGGAGAAUAUAUUUAUUGGAUUGGCUUCAGAUGUUGAAGAGGAAAUGCCUCAGAUUGAAACCAGAGUGGUUUUAGUUCAGGAAGCUGGGAAACGCGAGGAACUCUUGAAAGCCUUGGAGACCAUUAAGAUAAUGGAAGUCCCAGUUAUAAAGAUAAAGGAAACUAGUCCUGGUAAAUCAGAAGAAAAACUAAUAAAAAGUAUAAUUCAUAUGGAAAUUAAAGUGCCCUAUAUAAAGAUGGAAUCAGUGGAAGAGUUUGGGGAUUCUGAGUCUCCAGAAUUUGAGACAGUCUUCGUUGUAGCAGACUUUCAAGAUUCCAUCUUGGAGAACUUGUGCAAGUUUGACUGUCGUGUUCUUGGACCUCCAAUAGUACUUCAUUGUGCUCAAAAAGGAGAGCCUCUACCUUUCUCAUGUCGUCCGUUGUACUGUGCAAGUAUGUUGAAUCUGGUGCUGUGCUUUACAGGAUUCAGGAAGAAAGAAGAACUAGUUAAGCUGGUGACCUUGGUUCAUCAUAUGGGUGGAAUUAUUCGAAGGGACUUCAGUUCAAAAGUUACACAUCUGGUGGCUAAUUCUACGCAAGGAGACAAAUUCAGACUUGCUGUGAGUCUGGGAACUCCUAUUGUGAAAGCUGAGUGGAUUUACAAGGCUUGGGAGAGACGGAAUGAAAUUGACUUCUGUGCGGCUGAUGAGGAAUUCCGAAAUGAGUUCAAGGUUCCCCCAUUCCAGGACUGCAUGUUAAGUUUCCUUGGAUUUUCCGAUGAUGAGAGAAUUAACAUGGAAGAAAUGACAAAAAUGCAAGGUGGGCAGUACUUGCCAGUUAGUGAUGACAGGUGCACACAUCUGGUUGUUGAAGAAAAUACAGUAAAAGAUCUCCCAUUUGAGCCUCCAAAAAAACUUUAUGUUGUAAAGCAAGAGUGGUUCUGGGGAAGCAUUCAGAUGGAUGCCAGAGCUGGAGAAUCCAUGUACUUAUUUGAAAAGCCAGAGAGUCCUGAACUCAAAAAGUCAGUGUCACAACUUUCUCUGAAUACCCCAAAUAGCAAUCGCAAGAGACGUCGCUUGAGAGAGACCCUUGCACAGCUCACCAGAGAAACUGAUAUGUCACCAUUCCCUCCUCGGAAACGCCCAUCAGCUGAGCAUUCCCUUUCUAUGGGGUCUUUACUGGAUAUUUCUAACACACCAGAGUCCAGCAUUACCAAUGGAGAAACGCCAAAAUCAUGUUCAAAGCCUUCCAAAAAUUCAACUCCUCUGCCUGCAAAGCAGUCUGCAAGAUGGCAGGUUGCAAAGGAACUAUAUCAGACAGAAAGUAACUAUGUAGAUAUUCUGACAACAAUUAUUCAGUUAUUUCAAGUUCCAUUGGAAAAAGAAGGGCAGCUUGGAGGACCUAUCCUUGCACCGGAGGAAAUUAAGACCAUAUUUGGCAGCAUUCCAGACAUCCUUGAUGUGCACACUAAAAUAAAGGAAGACCUUGAAGACCUUAUGAUAAACUGGGCUGAAAGCAAAAGUAUUGGGGAUGUCAUUCUUAAAUAUUCAAAAGACUUGUUGAAAACAUACCCUCCUUUUGUGAACUUCUUUGAAAUGAGCAAAGAAACUAUUAUGAAAUGUGAAAAACAGAAGCCACGGUUUCAUGCUUUUCUAAAGAUAAACCAAGCCAAACCAGAGUGUGGCCGUCAAAGCUUGGCUGAACUACUCAUUCGACCAGUUCAACGGUUACCUAGUGUUGCUUUACUUCUAAAUGACCUUAAGAAACAUACAGCAGAAGACAACCCAGACAAAGGCAUGCUAGAAAGAGCCAUUGAAUCGUUAAAGGAAGUGAUGACACACAUUAAUGAAGACAAAAGAAAAACAGAAGCACAAAGACUGAUCUUUGAUGUUGUGUAUGAAGUUGAUGGAUGUCCAGCCAAUCUCUUGUCGUCUCACCGAAGCUUAGUUCAGCGAUUGGAAACAGUUGCACUUGGCGAUGACCUCUGUGACAGAGGAGAACAGGUCACACUCUUUCUGUUUAACGACUGUCUAGAGAUUGCAAGGAAACGGCACAAAGUUAUCAGUGCUUUCAAGAGCCCCCAUGGCCAGACCAGACCCCCAGCAUCUCUCAAGCACAUUGUUCUCAUGCCUCUCUCGCAGAUCAAGAAAGUGCUAGACAUCAGGGAGACAGAAGACUGCCACAAAGCUUUUGCCUUGGUUGUGCGGCCACCAACAGAACAGAACAACUUGUUGUUCAGUUUUCAGAUGACGACUGAGGAGCCUCCUAAAGAGGAUUGGCUGAAGAUGCUGUGUCGGCACCUAGCGAACACAAUUUGUAAAGCAGAUGCUGAAAACCUUAUUUACACUACUGAUCCUGAUUCAAUUGACAUAAAUACGAAAGAUGUGGACAGUACGUUGAGUAGGGCAUCCAGGGCAAUCAAGAAAACAUCAAAAAAGGUUACAAGAGCCUUCUCUUUCUCCAAAACACCAAAGAGAGCUCUUCGAAGGGCUUUAAUGGCACACAAUACAGUAGAAGGAAGGAGUCCCUGCUCAUCUAGUGAAAGAUACUUGGGCAGCCGCCUGACCAGUACAUCCUCAUUAGCAAUUGCUCGUUCCUCUUCUACAUACAGCCUAAAUGGAUCUGUCAAACAUGUCGUUAGUGUUCAGCGCUCCAAUUCUGUUGAUGGGAGCUCUCAAAGUUCCAGGUCUCGACCUGUGCUCUGUCCUGACUCUCCAACUAGCCGUCCUUCACAUGCCAGAGAAGGAAAAACUCUUUCCAGCCCUGAAAGGUUAAAUGGCCACUCGUUGGCCAGACCAUGUCCCAUUCCUGUCAUUACUACCACUUGUGAUGUAGGAGAUGACCGGAGUGGUGUUGAGAACAGUUCCAUCGUCAAACCCUGAUCUUUAAUGGCCACGUUGUAUAAAGGUAUCCCUUCUCCUUCCUUGGUCAACCUUCCUUCAAUGUUUGCAAAGAGGAGUCAUACCUUAAGUCGAUCAACAACCCAUUUGAUAUGAAGUAGGCUUAAAAUGAACUACUAUACUGUAAUGACUGACAAGCAACUGGCUGUUCAGAUGACCUAUUACUGACAUUAAUGGUACUUUAGUCAUUGUCGCUUAGUUACCUAACAGAUUGCUAACUUGUAGGGACUCUUUGACUAGUACUGAAGCAGAUGACCUGGUCAAGCAAACAAGUGGAAAAACUUGAUCUAGGCUUAGAAAUAAUGUAUUCUUUUGAACAAUCCAUUUCCUCACCGGUGUAAUGUAAACACUUUCUUUCAACAAAUUGUCUCCUUUAUGCAAUAAACUGUUUUGGUGUCAAAUGCUGAAAUUAAGAAGUCUCUUUCUUGAGUCAUCCACUGGAUGAUGUUCUUCAGUUCAUCUAGAAGAGGUUGCUUAACUUCAUCAAUUGGCUCUGUACUCUUAAAAGCUAAUGCAUGGACCAUUGACUAAACUGAAAUAGUUUGAUAUGCCCUUUAAAGUAUGACAGUUGGCCUGUUAUACAGCUGCUUUUUCUGGGUAUUCUAAAAGAUCUAGCGUGUUUGUGCAUGAAUGUACUUGGAGUGGUCUACUGCAUAUGGUCCUUCAUAUUUUCUGUGCAUCCUUUUCUAAUCCAAUAUAUCCAAAUCCUAUAACUGGCUUAGCCACCAAAAGUCACUUGAUCUGAUAGUGAAUUAAAACUAACACUUUUUGGAUGUGGCAGUCCAAGGAAAAACAUCACUGUACUUAAAUUGUAUUUAUAGCCUUUGAGUUGAGACUAUUUUUAAAACUGUCUCUAGAACCUUGUUUAACUACUUUUUAUAUAUAGUUUAUUCGUGCACAGGCUCCUCCCAGUGCAAAGCUGAAAUUGUGGACCUGGUUUCAAUUUCUAACACUAAUAUUUUUACUUGCAGGUUUUUGGUGUAGAAUUUCCAAAACCUUUUUCUACAUCUUUGCUAUAUUUAGUCUUUUUUUGUAUUUUUUUUUCUUUGCAAGCUGUACAUUUUAAAAUAAUCACGUUUUCAUUUUGUAUUAUCCAACGCCGUCUCAGGAAUUGUCCAACUGUGUAUAUUUCUGCACUUAAUAACUUUGAACUAAUUGCCUGUGUGUCAUGUGUGGCAUUUCCAACUCUAAGAUUCCGUUUAACUGCAAAAUGCUACUUUUUCUGUUAUAUGUAAUUAGUGCUGCUUUUGAAGAUGUCAGCCUGUUACUUCUGUAUUUUUAAGAUAGGUUUUUUGCCAAUAUAAAUCAUGUAAAUAAACUGUUUAAAACAA